AUGAGAAGGAAGUGGAUAUUGGAAGAUCUUCAUUUUAUCUUUUUUGGUGUGCUCUGUCUCCUUUUCAUAGAUGGAGGUAAACUAGAACAAGUAAAACAUUCAGAUACAUACUGCGUGUUUCAAGAUAAGAAGUACCGUGUAGGAGAACGAUGGCAUCCUUAUCUAGAACCCUAUGGCCUUGUUUACUGCGUUAAUUGUCUUUGCUCAGAGAAUGGAAACGUACUGUGCAGCAGAAUAAGGUGCCCCAGUCUACACUGUCCUUCCCCUGUGCAUGUACCACAGCUGUGCUGCCCUCGAUGCCCAGAAGACUCCCUUUUCUCAGUGAGCAGCAAAAUCACCGGGAAAUCCUGUGAAUAUAAUGGCACCACCUACCAUCACGGCGAAAUGUUUGUGGCAGAGGGGCUUUUCCAAAACAGGCAAGCAAACCAGUGUGCCCAGUGCAGCUGCUCAGAAGGAAAUGUGUACUGUGGGUUGAAGACUUGUCCCAAAUUAACUUGCUCUUUCCCAGUUUCUGUUCCGGAGUCCUGCUGUCCGGUUUGCAGAGGAGAUGGAGAAUUGUCAUGGGAACAUUCCGACGGAGAUAUCUUCCGGCAGCCAGCCAACAGGGAAGCCAGACACUCAUACCAUCGCUCCCACUACGAGUUGUCACCCAGCUCUGCGAGGCAGGUCGUCAACAUACCACGAUUUCCCAGUGCCAGGAGUAACCGUGGAGUCCUCCCGGAUCCCCAGCAAGCUUCAGGGACAAUAGUACAAAUCGUCAUCAACAACAAGCAUAAGCAUGGACGAGUUUGUGUUUCAAAUGGCAAGACAUACUCCCACGGUGAAUCUUGGCAUCCUAAUCUGCGGGCCUUUGGAAUCGUAGAGUGUGUGUUGUGCACCUGCAACAUCACCAAACAAGAAUGUAAGAAAAUUCAUUGUCCAGAACAAUAUCCCUGCAAAUACCCUCAGAAAGUAGAAGGAAAAUGCUGUAAAGUCUGUCCAGGUAAAACAAAAAAGGAAGAAGUGCCAAGUCAAACCUUUGACAACAAAGAUUACUUCUGUGGGAAAGAGACAUUUCCCGUCUAUGAAUCCAUUUUCACAGAGGAAGGAGAAACCAUCAGAAAAAUUGCAGUAGAGACUGAAAAGCCACCUCAAAUCGAAAUACACGUGUGGACAAUUAGAAAAGGGAUUCUGCGUCACUUCUAUGUUGAAAAAGUGUCCAAGAGAGAAUUUGAAGAACUUCCUUACUUCAAGCAGAUAACAAGGACAACCCCUAGCCAGUGGAAAAUAUUUAGUGAGGGAGAAGCUCAGAUCAGCCAAAUGUGUGAAAGCAGAGUGUGCAGGACCGAGCUCGAGGAUUUGGUGAAGGUUUUGUACCUCGAAAAGUCUGAAAAGGGUCACUGUUAAGAGGGACAGCACUGGAGGGAGAAACACAAGAAAACUUAUGAAAACUUGGAUCUGCAGCUGGACUGCAGGCUUAUUUUGCUUAAGUCAACAGUUGCCCUAAACCCCAAAACUAUAAUGCAGUAAUUAUUCACAUCAUGCACAGCAAAUUUGCUGCUUUCUGUGUAGUGGUCUGUGUCAACUGUUCAAAUAUCUUCUCCAAAAGACUAGGAGGCUCUGUGUUACUAGUGGGGGAAGGAGAAAGACAGACUGUACUUUCCCAGAGUUGCAUUUCUCGACAAGCUAAAAAGACAAAACAGAACAUUUUUUUUUAUUGUUAUUUGGCAAGUUAUUCAAACUAAUGAAAGGAAGGACACCUAAUAAAUAUGCAAGAGCUAUGGAGAGCAUUAUUUCCUGUGCUGCAUUUAUAAGAUUUCUGGAGUUGAAAAGACUCAUGGAUUAUUUUUUUUUUCUUUAAUAGUGGAGAAAAAUACAAGUGAUACAGUACUUGUGUUAGAAACAUCAAAACCAGAUUUAAACUAACAAACUCCUAAGCAGCCUGCCUUUGGGAUGAUGUCUUGUAGUUGAGCAAACCAAGUCCAUAAACGGAACAGCAGGUGUUAGUGGCAAUCACUCUAUUUUUGUAGCAAUUUGAGCAAAUGUUUGCUUUUAAGUGGUUUUCACUGUUUCCUCCACCCACUUCUCUAAAAAAUGUGAAGUGUAAGCUCCCUAUCAUAGCCCUAAUAACUUCAUCCU